AUGAACUCUGCUCAACCAUUGCUUCCCCUUCUCGCGGCCGCGCCGGAUCAUAACGACUUUGAUUAUGGGGUAUUCUUCCAGGGCGAUGAGCUGCUUCUCGGAGACGAGAACGCCUAUUCGAGCGAAACUCUCUUAGACUCUCCCCCAAAUGGAGUAUCUGCAUCUGGACAUGGAAACCAUGGCGGAGAGAAUCCAUCGCAGAAUGCCACCACCCAGAAGCAACGACUCGAAAGGAGGGGACAUACGAAAAGUAGAAGGGGGUGUUUCAACUGCAAGCGACGGCGAAUCAAGUGCCAAGAGACACAUCCGUCCUGCGGUCAUUGUGUCAAGUCGGGACUGAAAUGCGAAUAUCCAAAUGCCCCAGCUAUCGUACACCAGGUAUGUUUAGACGAUCGUAGUUUGGGUCACGCGUCUAAGUCGAAGUCAUGGCCUCUAGCCUCAUCAUCAAGUGCCACUGUUCAGCCUGCAAGACAUGCGGUUCUUUCAACACUUCAUGCUGCAGUGUUAUCCACAUCACCCCCUAGGGAACGAGAACAUCUGGACGCACGAGGUUCCAUGCUUGUCCCAAAGUGUAAGUUCCAUCCUUUGCUCUUGACGGUAUUUUGCUCAGGUCUUAUCUCCAACAAGCACGAGUUUCUCAUGCACGCCAUCCUCGGCAUGGCCGCCUGCGAUCUGAUGAGCACCGACCCGAGCCUUUUGAGCUUUGCCAUGGCACACCGCGUCAAGGCCAUCAAGGCCAUCAAGAAGUCCCUCGCCGAGUUGCCCCGUCAAAAGGGCACGACGUCGGAGCACGCCAACGCGCUGGUGGCGACGUGCUUCGCGUUGACGUUCCAGUCGGUGACGUUCGAGGACGGCAUGGCCGAGUACAUGACUUUCAUCCGCGGCAUCCUCAUCAUCGGCACGCAGAUGUGGAUCAAGGGCAUCAAGCCCAUCUUUGUGAACCUCGUCGGUGACGAUUCGCACGCCGUGCUGGAGCCCAAGAUGGAGGGCCUGCCGCUGAUCCAGAAAGAAUGGGCCGAUGGCGCGGUUGAGGCCAUCGGGGGGCUGCGAGGGCUUUGCCGGGAUGUGGUGGAGAUUGAGUAUUUCGAGAUCAUCAUGGACAUGGCGACCAAGCUGCAUACGUCGUCGUGGGAAGCGUAUCAAGCCCUAUCGAAGCACUACGGAUGGUGGAUCCAGCUCCCGCACGAGAAGUUCCAGCGCGUCAUCGACAUGGGGAACCAGACCAUGAUCCUCCUGGCGAGCCACUGGAUCGCCUUGAAGCAGAUCAUGACCUUCAUCACCAACGUAGAGCACGAGUGCCGCGAGAAGGCGCCGUCACAAGGGAACACGGUCGAUCUGGGCAUUAUUCGCUGGCUGGGGUAUCUCAACAAGCAGGUUGACCACGAGCACCUCAUCUACAACCAGUGGCCGUUGUGGGUAGAGAGCCAGCUGGGCCGGGAUUUGGAAUUCUUCGGGAAGAGAUUCUGA